AUGCCCGCAGGCAACCCAAAAGCAGCAGCAAGCGGCAAGAAGCAGCAAGAGAAGCUGCCCCUGCAGCAGCGGAUCCUGAACGGCAUCCUCAAUGUGUCUAACGUGCCGUACAGCUCCUUCGUCCCCUACCCAGUGACACCCCUGCACCGGGUGGACGCCCAAAUAAAGCAGCUGUGGCUGGUGGCGCUGUACAUCCUGAUUGCGCGCGCGACCCCCUGGCUGCGCGUAGGCAUCGCCGGCUGCGUCGCGGCCCUCACCAUGCUGACCCUGCCGCCGCGGCUCUGGGAGGCGCAGCUCAAGCGCCUCUCCCUGAUCUGUGGCCUCAUAUUCGUCUUCACCGCGAUCGGCGCCGACGGCGUCCCGCCGCUGCUGCAGGCGCGCGCGCUGCCAAACGCGGCCGAGGGGCUGCCGGGCCUGUCGCCGGCGGCGCCGUACAGCUACGUAAUCCUGAACCUCUGGGUCAUCACCAUCACCCGCCGCAGCGUCAACCUCGCGGUGACCGCGGCGGCGCUGACGUUCUGCGCGCUGCAGUCCGCGAGCCUGUGCCUCGUCACCACCCCCGGCGAGGAGAUGGCGACCGCGCUGCAGCGCUGGCUCGCGCCGCUGAGGCUGCUGCGCGUGCCGACGCAGCGCAUCGGCGUCACGCUGCUGCUGUCGCUGCGCUUCAUGAGCCUCGUGUUUGAGGAGGUCAGGAACCUGUGCCUUGGCCUGGCCGCGCGAGGGGUGGACUGGCGUGCGCAGGGCGGGCGGGGCAGCAUCGAGAUAUUCGCGCGCCUGCUGGUGCGGCUGUUUGCAAACCUCUUCUCGCGCAGCGAGAACAUCGCGCAGGCGAUGGUGGUGCGGGGAUUCCUGGGGCCGGAGCAGCACCACCUGUACAUGAUGCGCGUCAACGCGUCCAGCCCGCUAGCGAACGCGGCGGCGCUGGCGGCGCUCGCGGGGCUCGCGGCGGCCGUCGCGUCGCUGCGGUGA